GGUAGUAGGGAUCACAUGUAUAUACAAUCAAACGACGGAAAACGUCGUGGCCAAAGCUAAAGUAGCGGAGGGAAAUAGAACAUUUUGUAGCGAAUUGUGAAGCAGUAACUACUUCAACAUUCUUUCUUUGAUAUUUGAAACGAAGGCAGUAUCAUUACAUAUUUAGUUUAUCUCGCUGGCGGAAGUUCACAAUAUCAAAUACAUACAUACAAAUUCAAUUCGUAUAGUAAUAAAAAACUAUAAUUUACUCGAAAACUGCUUUUGUUUCAUUUUCAAUAAAAAGGAAACCGUUUUUAUUUCAUUUUAAAUAUUUGGUGCAAGUAAGUGAGGAAUACCUUCUUUUUCUAGUUUUUAAAAAAGUUGUAAUGUACAAUAUGAGACAUUCUUUAUUCGUUUCGGAUGUUUAUAUUAACAGCACGAGUAUGAUAAUUAAAUGGGUAUCAAUCCAAUGAAGUGGAAAACCAGAAAUGUACUGUAUACUAUUUUAACACUUUUUAUCUUUUAUGUUCUCUUUGUAUAUAAGAAAAAACAUCAUGUACUGUUCGAAGGAAUAAUAAAAAAUUCAAAUCCUAUACAUGUAUGGGAAUUCGUUGCGGAUUUUAGUAAUAUGAAAAAAUUAAAUCCAACAAUAGAAGAUUUUAAUAUUAUCGCAGAAAGCGGCAAUUACGAUCAUUGGAAAUAUUCGGUCGAAUAUACUGAACAUUUGAGUCAUAUACCAAUUAUACGAAACAUAGCGCAUGGACAUUACGCCAUACGUGAAGAUAAUAAUGGUUACUUGAUUACUUCGAAACAUCAAACGUGUUUCUUCCCCAAAUUUGGAUGCUUGGAGUCGAUCUCGCAAUUCAGAUUCGAUCGAGAUGGUGCAACGGAUACAAAGUGUAUCGAAACCGUACAAUAUGAAUGUCCAAUUGCAUUUUCACCGUUAUGUUACAGAGAAGUUAUGUAUCAACGAGAAGAAAUUAUGAAAAGAUUGAAAUUAAAAUUCUCAGAGGCUAAAAAUUAAAAACAGUUAAUAUUGUCAUAGAUUUACUUUUUUGAUCUUAAAAAAGUUAAAAUAUAUAGUUUACGCUGCUUUUAAAUUUACAAUGUACUUAUAAUAUAUUUUAUAUAAAAAUAAUAAUUUUUAUAAUGAU